AUGGCUGGAGCGGAGCAAAUCGAGAGGCUUGGUCGCGAGUUUGAUCGCGCGGUUCGGAAUGGCGACGGAGACGUCAGCAUUAUCUUAAGUAGUGUCGGCAGGUUUCUCCGGCGGAUUAAAUACAUCAGCCAUAAAGACAAUAGCCGCUGGUUCGGCAAGAGAAUGCUGUCCGAGAUUCCGAACCGGCAGGAGCGCAUUCUCUGCAAGCUGGAUGACGCGGAUGCGGAGGCCCUGGUUCACGAAGAAUCCUCGCUGAUCGAAGGAGGUGGCGCAGUGGUUCCCAGCUCAGGACAGAAAACUUGCAGACAGCGGACCCCAAGGAAUUGCAUUCCUACCCACUUGACCAUCGCUCAGUACGGGGCAUCUUUGCCGGGUGGAGAUGACGACACGAGUGACGAGUUUGACGAGCACAUACUCGCGGUCCCCGACUGGGAGCGAAAAGGCACCAUCAAGAACCCACGAAACAAGAAUCGGCCGUGGGAUCAACCACGUGGGAAUCUGGAGAACAUCUGA